UUGCUAAAAUUUUGGUCUCAAAAAUAACACACAAUUUUGAGUUUUGUACUACUGUAGUAAUUCACUCACAACAAAUUUCACAUUACGGCGAAAAAUAACAUUCAGCAACCUAAACAGCUGUUUCACUUUUUUAACGUACUAUACAUGCGGUGCAUAUACGGUGAAUGACAGCUGAAAUAACAACUUAAGAAAUGUAAAUAAAAAAAAAUAGUGCAAGUUAUAAAAAACAGAAUUUAAAUAUAUUUAAAAAUAUUGAAAAUGGCGAGCGACUGGGAAUGUGUGCCACGUUCAUAUGAAAUUACCAAAAAUGAAUUACAGGGCCAUCAAACUUACGAACAUCCGCUUAAAUUGCAAACAGUGAUGGUCGUUGAUAGCAAAGGCACGCGCAACAAUCAACGAGCAAGCUUUGGUAGUAACACCAGCAGCCGUGCUUCAUCUAAUAUUUCACUAUUAGCAGAACCCUUGUCAAUGGCGUUAGACGGUACCGACCCAUUGUCACAAUUUGUACGACAAGAACAGGAAUUGAUGGAUCCAUUAUCACAAAUGGCCACAGAAUAUGAAACAUUUCAGAAAAAAACACUUAAACGUGAGAAGGAUAUCUUGGAAGAUGAUGCGCUCAAUUGGAGUUCAAAACGUUUGGGCAUAUUAAAUCGUUUCACCACAUCCGAAAAAUUAUCAAUAUCAACUAGUUUCCUAUCAACUGGUGUAGCUGGUUCGGACACAAUUAAGGCUCAAACAGUUGUAGCUGAUAAAGUUAAAUAUCGUUUGGAGCAGUUGGAUAAUUUCGAAGAUAGCUCUAUGCGUCAUAUGAUGGAUUUAACACAACAGGAGUAUAUACAACGCAUUGAGCAACUUAAUCAAGAGCUGGUGCAGUCCUGGCAUAGCGACCAACGUGUUAAGGCCUUAAAAAUUGUUAUUCAAUGUUCAAAGAUGUUGGCUGACACAACUGUGCUGCAAUUUUAUCCAAGCCAGUUUGUCCUCAUUACAGAUAUUUUAGAUCAAUUUGGCAAACUUGUUUAUGACCGCUUAAACGGCAAAUGUGCUAAAGGGACGAGCGAAAAUAAAAAGGUGACUCCAGAGAUUAUGCGUGAAAGUGCGAGAGAGACUUGUCAGAAUUGGUUUUUUAAAAUUGCUUCCAUACGUGAACUCAUUCCAAGAUUAUAUGUGGAAAUGGCCAUUAUUAAAUGUUAUGAAUUUUUAGCAGACUGUGAUUACGAAAAAAUACUCAUGCGACUUACAAACAUUAUAAGAGGUUUAGGAGAUCCAUUGGUAGCUGCAUAUGCACGUUGUUAUCUUGUACGUGUGGGUCUAACUGUGACUCCAAAUAAAGAAUAUAUUUAUGAAAAUUUUAAAAAUUUUUUAAGCGUUUAUUACAUGAUAUUCAGUGGUUCAAUACGUUCUGAAAUAAAUCGGCAGCGCAUUGAUAUCAAUACAUAUUUGUCAUUGUAUGGACCAGCAUUGGAUUUUGUACUUCAAGCACUUAUACACAAAACAAAUCUUUAUGUCGAGGAUAUCAUGAGCAAAUGCAAGGAAACGAAAAAUAAUGGUCCACUCUUGAUGUCUAUCUUAAAUGCGCUCAAAUCGGAGUAUAUAGCAGCAAAUGCUAUGGAAUUUGUGAAAAUUUUGGGUAAUACAAAUACUGAUGGUACUUCAAAAGGACUAUUAUUUCGUGCAUUGGGAAAAAGUGUUUGUCGUUGUCCUCCACUACAGGAACAGCGUAUAUCUUUUUUAAAUGCUUCAUUUCAUACUAUUAAUACCUUUACUGAUCCCAAAGAGUAUAUAAAUUGUGUUGAAGCUUGGGCACAAUUUGUAGCUGAGAACUUCUCCGUCACAGAGGUCAAUAUUUUUCUGGGCAAUAUCAAUACACGCAUGAGUAUAGGUAAAGCUUAUGAAAAACAUUAUCCACAAUUGCAGAAUAUACUCGAUAAAAUAAUGCAAAACUAUAAGGAUAUUGAGUUGCUACUUAUACAGGAACAUUUCUUACCAUACUUGGACUUGUUUCAUAAAGAAUCUGUUAAGAUUGAAGUUUGCAAAAAUAUUCUCACAAUUUUUAAGCGCAAUAGUAGAGACUACACUUCCGAUGCUAUAGUAACUAAUUCACUAAUGUAUAUUGGAAAAAUACUGAAUGACUAUGUAACUGCAUUGACUGUAGAGGAUGAAAGACGCCAAAUAGCUAACCUGAUCAGUAGUUUUAUACGGAAGGUUAAUUUUGGACAUGAUUUUGAGCAACAAUUAAGUUUUUAUGUAGAAGCUCGAGGCGCUUUUCCAAACCUUGACGCUGUUUAUUCUACUCUAGUGCAUGCAGUCAACAAAUUGGCAAUUGAAACUAGACAAAUCGUUAAAGGACAACACACACGGAAAACUGCUGCUUUUGUUAAAGCCUGUGCUGCUUUCUGCUUCAUUACCAUACCCAGUAUCACAGCAAUCAAUGUACAAAUGGAUUUAUAUUUAUUAAGUGGACAAAUUGCAUUGUUGAAUCUCUGUUUAGGACAAGCUGAUGCUUGUUUUGAAGCUGCUUUACUACUUGUAUCUGAACUGCCAAGAUCUGUUGAAAUUGAAGGCAAAGUUAAGAGCCUAGAAACAUAUUUGGUGUCAUAUAUGUGCAAUAUGUUAGCUACUUUAGUAGUUGUGCCCGAUAGUCCAGAACAAGGUGUUCUAUACCUUUUUCGCUUACUAUUAGAUGUACUAAAUAAAUUUCCAUUUGAACUUCAAAGUUCUGGACCGACCACUGUAUAUUUACAUGCAUUAGAUCUACUUUAUGUGCAGAGUUUGGACGAAUUUCCAUAUCACAUUCCAAAUGUUAUUUCCAAUGAUGAGCUCUACGGAAAUGAUCCAAAAUUCGUAAAUGAAGUGAAUAUUAUGUGCUCGCAAGUUGUGGAAUAUAUAUUAAAUAACUUAAAGUCGCUCGGUGCUGCUCAGCAAUUCCGAACUCAAGCAACAUUAGCUUUGGAACUUUUUUUACGUAUAAUACGCUUUGCUGAUCUAAGUAAAGAAAAGACUUUUCAACUUGCUAUCAAUCUGUGGCUCCUUGCAGUUAAACUGGAAAGCCAUUUAGAUGCUAAGUUAAUAAGCCGUACUAUUAAGAGUGUCGAAGAAACUUACAGACUUAUUAAGGAUUCCAAUGCUCUACGUGCUCAAGGUUUAGCUCAAGUAUUAAUACGUAUUCGCAAUAAAUAA